AUGGGGUCCUUGUUGCACACUAAAGUGAAGGUAGAACCUCCAGCAAAAAAGAGGGAGCUACCUCAAUGUAAAAACUGCCAGCAGGUUGGUCAUACCAAAACAUACUGUACAAGGAAACCCAAAUGCGUUAAGUGUGGAUUAGACCAUGAAACAAAGCAAUGUAGGAAGAAGAAAGAAAACCCAGCCAAGUGUGCCAAUUGUGAUGGUGAUCAUACAGCCAACUGGAGAGGGUGUCCAGUAUAUCAUUAUCAUUAUCAAGCAAAAAUUGCUGCUAUAUCUAAACCGAAGAUGACAGUAAUUGAUCGUGUCAAGCAAAGGACCACUCAAAACCAGGAGCAGAUAACAACUCAGAAACCUGAACAAGCCAAAAUUGUCAAAAGAAACCUUCCAAAGAAUAACAUGGAUGAAUUGGAUGAACCAUUGGAACUAGAAGAGCAGGCGAGCUUGAAAGACAUUUGGGAACUGCUUAAAAAAUGGAUAAAAGAAUUUCUCAAGUUGAAAACACACAAAACAAGAUCAAAGCAAAGAAACAUCCAUCAGUUAAAACCUCACGACUUAGUCAUAGAUAUUAUAAAAAAUAAAUAG